CUCACAUGGAUGUGCACACCAGAAGUAUCGCUCUCUGAGAACUCUGGAUUGGGAAAGAUUCGAGUGCAACAUGCCGGCCAAGCACUUCUGGGCACUGAUUAGCCAAAGAUAAAGCGGCCAUCAACAGCUUCUCCAUCCUCUUUUGAUGAGUCCUACCAUAUUUUUUUAUUUCACUGGAAUGUGUUGUAGUCUUUUCAGACUCCAGAUCAGGAGUUGCUGGUUUUUGAAAUGUACAGAUGGGACACAGAUCUGCUUCUCUUCCCUAAGGAUUUUGCGGAGACUGGCUGAUUAAGAUAGGCUGAGGUCACCCUUGAGGUUUGGGGAGAUGGGCAGUUGGUGGUUGUGUGUGUAUGGUAGAGAUACUUCCUUGUCUCUAGGGUUUCAUCUGCAUCUCUCUCUCUCUCCCCCCCCCCCAAUGAUUCAUCCCAAUGGGGAAGGUGAAAGGACAAUAAAUUUUGGAGUUUGACCUGCUCCCUCCCUGUCCCUGAUAAGGAGACAAACACCCCACCAGCACAGGGACCAGAGCCAAUUCAUGAAAUGGCUAUGCCUAUACAUUUCCCCUCAUGCUCCUUGUGAAAAAUGUAAAACACUCCCCAUUGGCAAACCCCGGCACUCUGGCAAUAUUUAAGCCGCCUCGUGGACUGGCAGAAGGCUUGCGGCAUCAAGUGCGACACACGGACGGGACCCGGUGGGAAAAGGAAUGAUAAAUGCACCAGGAAGAAAAGGCAUCCGACCAAUACAAGAGGCUAUGGAGACAAGCAGUUCACCAACCAUGUCAACCACCACAAGCCACUGGAAUGCGUUUCCCCAACAGAGCUUGCAGCCUGUGGAUAUCGUUGUCCUGGUUCUGUACUUCGUAUUUGUCUUGGCAGUUGGACUGUGGUCCAUGUGGAAGACGAAGCGCAGCACUGUGAAGGGCUACUUCUUGGCUGGAGGGAAAAUGGUGUGGUGGCCGGUGGGGGCUUCGCUGUUUGCUAGUAAUGUUGGCAGCGGGCAUUUCAUUGGCUUGGCGGGCUCUGGGGCUGCGUCUGGAAUUGCUGCCACAGCCUAUGAGUGGAAUGGCAUGUUCUGUGUUUUGGUGCUGGCGUGGCUGUUCCUUCCCAUCUACAUUGCUGCUGGGGUUACAACCAUGCCAGAAUACUUACAGAAACGGUUUGGUGGCAAAAGGAUACAGAUCUUCCUAGCAAUUCUCUACUUGUUUAUCUAUAUAUUCACCAAAAUCUCAGUCGACAUAUACGCUGGGGCCCUAUUCAUACAACAGGCCUUACAUUGGGAUCUCUAUGUGGCUGUGACAGCCUUGCUGUUAAUCACAGCUAUUUACACUGUGGCAGGUGGGCUGGCAGCAGUGAUCUACACGGACACCCUACAGACCGUCAUCAUGCUGGCUGGGGCGCUGACUCUCAUGGGUUUCAGCUUUGCCAGAGUCGAAGGCCUUGAAGAUUUGAAGGACAGGUACUUCAAGGCCAUUGCCAAAAGCCACCAUGGAAACAGCAGUUGCGGAUUGCCAAGAGAAGAUGCCUUUCACAUAUUCAGGGACCCUGUGACCUCUGACCUCCCAUGGCCAGGGGUCCUGGUUGGAAUGACCGUUCCAUCUCUGUGGUACUGGUGCACAGACCAGGUCAUUGUUCAAAGGUCGCUGGCUGCCAAGUCCCUGUCGCACGCCAAGGGCGGAUCUUUACUGGCCUCCUACCUGAAGGUCCUGCCUCUCUUCAUGAUGGUGUUGCCCGGCAUGAUCAGCCGCAUCCUCUUUCCAGAUCUGGUGGCUUGCGCUGAUCCAGAAACCUGCAAAAAAAUCUGUAAGAACCCGUCUGGAUGUUCUGACAUUGCUUAUCCAAAACUUGUCAUCGAACUCCUACCAAUAGGGCUCAGAGGGCUCAUGAUGUCAGUGAUGAUUGCAGCCCUGAUGUCAUCCUUGACUUCCAUCUUCAACAGCGCCAGCACCAUUUUCACCAUGGACCUCUGGCGGCAUUUCAGGCCCCUGUCUUCCGAAUGGGAACUGAUGAUUGUGGGCAGGGUGUUUGUCCUGCUCCUUGUGGUUGUGUCCAUCCUUUGGAUCCCGCUGGUACAGGCCAGCCAAGGUGGCCAGCUUUUCAUUUACAUCCAGACCAUCAGCUCUUACCUGCAGCCUCCUGUGGCCGUUGUCUUCAUCCUGGGUUGCUUCUGGAAAAGGACCAAUGAGAAGGGUGCAUUCAGUGGCCUUUUGGUCGGGAUGGUCGUGGGCCUGAUCCGGAUGGUGCUGGAUUUUGUCUACAUGCUGCCACAGUGUGAUCAGCCAGACAGCCGGCCAGCUGUAGUGAAAUACGUUCACUAUCUCUAUUUCUCCAUCAUCCUGACAGUGGUCACUUUGAUCGUGGUGGUGGUGGUCAGUCUCUUGACAGAGCCUCCUCCGGAAGAAAUGGUCAGUCGUCUUACAUGGUUCACCCGCAAGGAUGUUUCAGGAGUAAAGGACCCUGCAGGAACCUCCUUGCCCAACUCUGGAAUCCACGAAGUUUCCCCUCCUCUUGCGGUACAGCUCAGCAUUAGUGAUGGCCCGGAAAAUGUUUGCUACGACAAGACAAGUGCUUUGGGUGGCAAGAGAGCUUCUAAAACCAUGAGACUGUUUCUGUGGAUCUGUGGGAUGGACGGCAGAGAAAGAGACGCUCCGGAGGCUGCUCCAGUGCCUGCCAAAACUGAAGCCACACUGGCUCCACCCAAAGAAGCGCCGUGGGUAAAGCACGUCCUCAACAUCAAUUUGAUGCUGUGCCUAAGCGCAGGCAUUUUCCUCUGGGGAUACUUCGCAUAGCACUUGGCGCAGCCCGACUUAAGAGGCUCUGUUAAUACACCUCUGGGUUUAAAAUAUGAACAACUAAGACUUUUGUAUAAUGGUUCUGUAAAAUGUAUGAUCUGUUUCUUACAUCCCAAAGAAAAGAAAGGUUUAUGUUUCUCAGAAAGUGCUCAAAGAGUUCCCAGUUGGCGGUGUCCAGAACAGCUUUAACAAAGUUAUGGACCAAGGACUGUAAAAUGCUUGCUUGGUAGGAGUACGGUCUUCUUUAAAAUAAGAUCAUAUUGUUGGAAUUCACGUUUUAAAUGGCCUGGACUUCAUGACCACUGGUUGUCCCCCGCUUUGGCUUCAGUGCUUGUGCUGUACUGACUGUCUGGCUCCCUGUUUCAAAUACUGGCCGAGGCCCCGGGAGCCUUUGGGAACAGGAGGCUUUUGCUCAGAGCAUCCGGUUAUCUCAGGCCACAACUUUCAUUGGUCUGCAUAAAGAGGUCAGGGGAGAACAGCUGCAGUCUGGGCUCUUCUACCCUCUCAGCAGCUCACAGGGCAAUAAUGUUAGCUUAGAGAGCCAGCGUGGUGUUGUGGUUAAGAGCAGGUGCACUCCAAUCAGUAGAACUGCGUUUGAUGCCUCGCUCUGCCACUUGAGCUGUGGAGGCUGGUAUGGUGAACCAGAUUAGCUUGUGUACUCCAACACAUGCCAGAUGGGUGAACUUGGGCUAGUUAUUUGGAGCUCUCUCAGCCCAGCCUACCUCACAGGGUGUUUGUUGUGAGGGGGAAAGGGAAAGGAGUUUCCUCCUCCUCCUCCUCCUCCUCCUCCUCCUCCUCCUUCUUUCAUGGGCAUCUAAGUUCAGUAUUAAAAGGCCAAACUGGAGAUAUCCCUGUACAGAUAUUUCUGAGGGUGAAUGUGAAUUUCAAAUUUAAGCCUGUUUCAAACUCAGUGAACUCCCGUGCCACUCCUCAAAUGAAGAUUUCCAUCAAUUGCAGCCUUUUGAGGGAAAGAUGUGCUUUGCCAGAUCAGACCAAGUUCUGCGAGUCGAACACUCUGUUCCCAACAGAAACAUGCCUCUGGGAAAGAGGAUGCAAGCUCCUAGCCAUCAGAGGUAUAUCUGUCCCCUGGAUAUUUACUUAUUUAUUCAUUAUUUAUUAAAAUAUUUCUGCCCCACCUUCCUUCUUGUGAACCCAAGGCAGCUGUCAGGAGUCUUCAGGAGGCAGUUAAUAACCCAAAUUGGAAAUGUAAUCACAAGUCAGAAUCACAAAAAGGCCUCAAACACAACUGUGGUUCCAUGAAAAAAAUCGGCCAAAUGCCUUCUGAAAAUUAAUUGUGUUACAGGUUUUCUAGAAAGAUGAUAAAGGCAGAGUCCUCCUUAGUGGAUAGACUUAUUCAAACAAAAUGGCCAUUUUUACAUCCAGAGGGAUUUUCCUCAGGGAUUUCCACGAGUUAAUUUGUCCUAACUCAGGCUAGUCCGAUCCAGUCAGAUCUUGGAAGCUAUGCAGGAUUGGCUCUGGGGUUAGUUUUUGCAUGGGAGGCCACCAAGGAAGCCCAGGGCUCAUUUUGGAGAAGCAGGCAAUGGCAGCUCACCACUGAAAAUUUCUAGCCCUGAAAACAGCGUGGGGCUGCUGUGGCCUGAUGACACUUUCUGCCAGCCAAUUAGGCACCACGAACAAGUGUCUAUCCUGAACUGACUGCAAUUUAAUUUUAUUGGGCACCAUGAAGGGGAAUGCUCAGGAAGACUCUUCUCAGAAUGCCUGACUGGUUGGCAGAGAAGUCAGUUCCCCAGGCUGAAAAUUGGUUCCCCAUAGCCACACACAGAUGCGCCAAAAAGCUCACAGUUGCUCCGAGAGUAAAAUGCUAAUUGGGUUGGCAUGUGUGUGAUAACGUACAGCUUUGUAUUUUUUUUCCAGGGGUAUUUGAAUAACGCCAUUUAAGUAGUGAAACUAAUAUUGGGUGCUAAUUAAAAGGGUGAAGGCUUCUUUUAGAAAGGUGGGUGAGCAAGGACAGAGGCUGAGCCUUCAGCAAGAUGCGAAACUAUGCCACAGCGCUGGCAAGAAGAGAGAAAAGGGACAUUUCCCAAAGAGCAAGUCAGCCGUAGCACUCCUUAUGAACUCAGCUGCGUGCAGCACGUUUGCAACUUGUUUUAUUAAGGGAAACUAAGAUACUGAAGGAUUUUCAUGCAUACCAUCAGAAAAUGUUUCGAGGAUCUCUUUCUGUGUAUUAAACCAGCAGAAAGUAUUUUUUUAACAGAGUAUUUUGUAAGCAAUGUAAUGUAUUCCCUUGCUGUUUACCUCCUGCUAAAAUGUGAAUUGGUAUGUUUUAUUUAUUGUUCUGACUGGAUUCAGGUGCCAGUGGGAAGAUGCCUCUAUUGGUCCGUGCUGCUAUUUGCUUCGUUGGUCAGUUUUCCUCACAGCCAAUAACCAGACUAACCCAGUGCUAUGUUUCCUCACCCUAGUGUGAUGCAGGAAGGGUGGGCAAAUCCACAGCGACUUUCUCCUGCGCCAGCCUCGCAGCAGUGGUCAGGAUUUGUGCUGGAGAAGCUCCCAGUAGAUUGCGCCAAUCAGCUGUGCAAUCCUCUGAGCAGUGCCAGAGAAGGAUAGCACGGCUGGUAUAUUGUAUGUUGUUGUUAUUUAUUGUGCGUUGAUCUUAUUGAUUUUAUUGAAACUGAAUAUUACAGUUGGCUGCUCUGGAGCCUGGUGUGGCAGGGGACAGUGGGCUGGGGCUCUAAACAAUUAAAAAAAAACCCCUAUACCUAGUGCCAACAAACUGACAAUAAAAUGGUUUAGGCAA